AAGUUGGAGGCGCCGUCAUCUUAUAUAUAUCGACAGAGACGGCCGACCCCAAUUCGUUGCUCCUUCCGGCGUCCGUGCCUCCGCCCUCUCCCCGAUUCCGGCGUUCUUUUAGAGAGAGAGCGAGAGAGCAGGCGACGAGCUAAGGUUUCGUUCAUGUUUAUCAAGUUGAAGUCCACUGCAUAUUGUAGCAGCUCAAAUGCCAGCAUUGAGGAUGAAGAAAAAAUUAAGAAGGGGAUUUGUAGAAUUGCACAAUUUUCAUAUUCCUGAAAAAUCAAUCAGAAGAUCAGAAAACUUAUCGUCUCAAAUUAAUACAGAGGUGGACCCCAAUGAUCAGAGUUACCAAAAUGUUGUUGGAAAGCUUUCAAAAGAAACUGCUACCAGCGCUGGAAACUCAUUAUGUGACUCUAGGAUAACAGAUUCUGAUGGAACAUCCACUAUAUUUUUGAAUAUGUCGUCAUUGCCACCUGAUCUUUUGCCCGUUGAAACAAUGGCAUCUAUUUGCUGGUCUGAAACUUCAGGUUCACCGUCAACAAUGUUACUUCCUGAACAAGAAAUGACUUUCUUGCCCAAUUUUGAGGAUGGCGGUCCUCAGCUAAAGCUAUCUAAUCAUUGUAAUGGAGUUAAAUGUGGAAACCAUGAAUUGCCUAAUCUGGUUGCUGACGAAGAUGAUGGGAACAAUGGGCUAUCUGAUUAUCAAGCUUGCAGUUUAUUGGAGCUCUAUUUAGACACUUUUCCUUCUUUCCCAGUUGAUAGUAGCAUGGGAUUUGCUGAUGUCUCUUUCCAAAAUUAUGAGCUUAUUAAUUCUGGCAGAUUAAUCGAUGUGGUAGAAAAAUAUGUGACGCUUCCAUUCCUUGAUAACGCAAUUGAAUCCAGUGGUAUACCCAAUAAUGAAUCGACCCAAGAAAUCAUGAGCUCUGAUGAUGCCUGCUUAUUUUUAGCAACUCAUCAAGAAUUUGACUUGAAUUGUUUUUCUGGUGAUUUUGGCAAAAUAGAUUGCUUCAAUCCACAGUUAGAUUUCAGAUCUUUUCAUGAUAUUUGGGCUGUUCCAUCAAAUUUUCCUACUCUACUUCCGAAGGAUGAAACACAGGAAAGGAAGCCGAUAACCCUGGUACUUGAUUUAGAUGAGACUCUGGUUCAUUCUACACUAGAGGAAUGCGACGAUGCAGAUUUCACUUUUUCAGUUUUCUCUAACAUGGAGGAGCAAACUGUAUAUGUAAGACGGAGGCCUUUCCUACAGAUCUUCCUUGAGAGAGUAGCACAAAUGUUUGAAAUUGUUAUUUUCACAGCUAGCCUAAGCAUCUAUGCUACACAGUUACUCGACAUACUGGACCCUGAUCAGAAAAUAAUUUCUAGGCGCGUAUUCCGAGAAUCCUGUUUAUUCUCAGAUGGUUGUUAUACAAAGGACCUUAACAUUUUGGGAGUUGACCUAGCCAAAGUAGCUAUAAUAGACAAUACUCCACAGGUUUUCCAGUUGCAAGUUAAUAAUGGCAUACCUAUUAAAAGUUGGUUUGAUGAUCCAUCAGACUGCGCCUUGGUUCAGUUACUCCCUUUUCUGGAGACCCUGGUUGAUGCUGAGGAUGUUCGUCCAAUUAUUGCAAACAAGUUUGGUAAUGAAGUGUAGGAGAUCUUGGCUAGGGAUUUCACUAACUCCUUGAAUUUAUUAUAUCGACACACUGGCUCCAUCGACUACUUUGAAUAUAGAUUUCUGAUUUUUCCUAGUUGUUUCUUCGAUUUAUUCUAAUUUUCAGGGUUCAUGCAAACAAAAAUUGUUUCUAAUUUGUCCUCUUCACUACUUUCAGCUGUAUAGUCUUCCCUUAGAUACAUUUGUUUACUUCAGAUUUGUCAAGGAAAUAAAUGCUGGUUUUGUCUCA